AUGGCAGUAACUCAAGGUGCAGAGGUUCAAGCUCAGAACUCUGCAGCUGAUCAAGAUACUAGAAGCUCUGUACACGAGAACGAGGAUGAAGAACAAGAUGGAGAGGAAAAUGAAAGUGAUGAGGAAGAGGAUAGCAGCUCCGAUAUCAUCCAUGAGCCGAAAUCCUCGACCAAGGAAAAGCAAAAGCCAACAGAAAACACCAAGAAAAGCAAUACCAGAGAUUUAGUCUCCCACUCCAUCGAAUUCAAAAUAGAAUGCCUGUACGGGGACCCGGAAUCUCUUCCAGACGAGGCUAUGCAUAACCUCAACGACCACCACGAGAUAAACCCAGACAGCCCCCCCACCAAACUCGAGCCGCAGCGAAACGAGCUUGAGAUUUCUGUUUUCCGAAUCUCGGCCGCGAGCAAAGAUUCCGGAUCUCGAUGGCACAUGAAUUACGCCUUGCAGGUCCCGCAUGCAGCAGGGGAGACUGGCGAGCCGAUCGUAUACACGAGGAGCAUCUCAAGGGCCUCGGGAAAGAUGUCAUUGGGCUAUGCGUGGGAUGGUCAAGAUCAGCAAUUCGCCGCAGACCCAUGCGCAAUUCGCUUCUAUGUUCCUGAGAAAGCGGCCAAUGAUGCGAAGGAGGACUAUUUUGACACUGCAUUCUUGGAUCUUACGGAAAGUCAGCGUGAAUUUAUCAUGCAAGACCUGGAGCAGAAAGCUAGGGGUCGCUCCAAGUGCAAAGAAACUGCUCAAUUCUCCGCAGUAAAGCCUGAAGUUUCUCGGAUCGGGAUGCGCCGGCCUGAAAAGAGGCUUAAAACAGAAGGAGAAGCCGUCGUUUUGAAGGAAGGCUUCGCUGCAAGGCCCGGGGCGAUGCCGAGACUUCUCGGUUCGGCUCGUGUGAGACUACUCUCUGAGGAGAGUGAUCACGCCCGUGUUUUCUCUUUGGAUGGCUGUGACAUCAAAUCUCUCUUCGGAAAAGCGAGGGAGUUUUUCGGCGUUAAGGACCCGGAAAAGGAGAUCUCUCUGGUCUGUAGGGCUCCUGGGUUGGGCUCGCGCAGGUAUAUCGGAGAGGAUUGUGAGGAUGAGUUUAGUUUGCUUUGUCACGAUGUGCGGAAGCUUUCUAUUGCGGAAAGCGGAUCGAUCGAGAUUACCGUGAAGCCUGCCGCGCCGGAGCGCAUUCAACAAAGUGGUUAA